AUAUGAUACUGCAAGUCGUGUGAAAUUUUGAAGCCGUACACAAACCGGAAGUACUUGUCAAAAUCAGGCGACCCUGACAAUAUGGCUACGUUCCAAUUCGCUUCAAAUCGCCCUUUGCAAACACUUUGUCGGAAUGUAAACGUUACCGCUUUCGGAAACCUUACAAUCUUUUUACUCACAUAAUUUAAACCAUAUUUGAGUUCACACCCCCCACCCGCCAAAGAAAACAUACUUUGAUGUGUCCCACAAGGGUCAAUCUAGAAUAGAACCGACAAAAUAAAACUGCAUUUGGACACCUUUCAUCUACGUAUUUCCGCCACACUGGUGGUGUGUUCAUGUACAGCGGAAAACCCUCGAUCUUAAAAAAAUAAAAUAAAUUCUUAUUACGAGGCCCGACUUGUAUUAGGAUGUUCAGCAAUGGUUUGCCUGUAUUAUAAUACUAUAUUUAUGUAAUAAAUGUUUUCAUUAUAAAAUGAAAGCCACUCAGGGUUAUGCCUUUUUAUGUAAAUCGGAUUCUGCAAUUUUCGUUGGGCAAGAAAUGCAGCACAAGCUCACGUCUAGAGUCUUCUCAAAACAGUGUGAAGCGCUGUGUCCGCUUUAAACAUUUAGUUAGGUAAUACUCACACACUGCGCCCAUUAGAAAGACUCACGCUUUUCUUCAUUUCAAGUAAACAGGAUUUAAGAGCGCACAACCAGACUUCUCUAAGUCCAAGCAUGCCAGAUUCUGCAACGAGUGAUCCUGGUUCAAGGGUAUUUGACCCUCAACAUUCCCAGAACCUCCUCAGAGUUCUUCGUACUUUCUGGCAAGAGCAAAGCUUCCAUGAUGCACUGCUGGUGGUGGACAGUGAGGAGCUUCCUGUCCAGAAAAACAUCCUGGCUGCAGCCAGCCCUUAUAUUCGGACCAAACUGAACUACAAUCCUCCAAAAGAAGAUGGAUCAACCUACAGAAUUGAACUACAGGGGGUCUCUAUGCCCAUCAUGAAACAGAUUCUGGACUACAUCUUCAGUGGUGAAAUCACUUUGAGUGAAGGGACCAUCCAGGACAUGGUGCAGGCAUCUGACCUGCUUCUCAUGACUGAGCUCAAGUUGCUGUGUUGCCAGUUCCUUGAAAGCUGCAUCACAGCAGAGAACUGUAUUGGCAUCCGUCUUUUCUCCCUCCAUUACUGCCUGCACCACGUCCACUACGCUGCCAUGGAGUACUUGCACACGCAUUUCCGUGAUGUGGCACUCACAGAGGAGUUCAGGGAGUUGCCACCUGACAGACUAUGUGAGGUGCUGUCUGAGGAGAAGCUUAACGUCGGCAAUGAAAAGCAUGUGCUGGAGGCUGUGGUGCGAUGGUUAGCCCACGACCCGGAAGCUCGCAGGGUGCACAUGAGGGAAGUGAUGUCUGCAGUGUGGUUGCAAGGCUUAGAUGUGAGCUACCUGAGAGAACAGGCCUUGGGGGAGCCGCUGAUGAGAGAGGUGAUCAGAGAGCACUGUCAGCCAGUGCUAGAAGAGAGUCAGCUGCAAGGCGAAGCACUUCUUGCUGCUUUCAAGCCUCGAGGUUACUCCGAGUGCAUUGUUGUUGUUGGCGGAGAGGAUCGUAGGACUAGGAAACCCACAGCUCUGACUCGCUGCAUGUGUCCACUCUAUGACACCAACAGACAAGCCUGGAUUGAGCUGCAGCCUAUGAGCGUUGCCCGUGUAGGCCAUGGGGUGGUCGCAGCUGAGGGAUUUCUAUUUGUGGUGGGUGGAACAGAUGAGAACAAUAUCGUCUUGAGCACUGGUGAGAAGUAUGACCCAGACUCUAAUACAUGGAGCCCUAUACCGACAAUGUUACAGACUCGUCAGAACUUUGGCGUGGUGGAGCUGGAUGGUCUGAUUUAUAUUCUUGGCGGGGAGAAUGCAGAAAGUGAACUGACCACUGUAGAGGUGUUUGACCCUCAUGUCAAUACCUGGAAGAUGCAGACCAGUAUGACCAUGAUCCGCAAGGUGGGUUGCUAUGCCUCCAUGAAUAAGAAGAUUUAUGCCAUGGGUGGGGGUUCCUAUGGGAAACUUUUCGACUCCGUUGAAUGCUUUGACCCCAAAACCCAGCAAUGGACAGGCCUCUGUCCUCUCAAGGAGAGAAGGUUUGGAUCAGUGGCAUGUGGCAUCGGUAAGGAGCUCUACGUGUUUGGUGGGGUGAGAAGUCAAGAAAACGACAACUCAGAGCAACGUCAUAUGAUGACCUGCAAGUCUGAGUUCUACCAUGAUGACAUGAGGCGGUGGAUGUUCCUAGAUGACCAAAACCUGUGUAUCCAGACGAGCUCAUCAUUUGUCUACGGUGCCGUUCCCAUUGGAGCCAGCAUCUAUGUAGUGGGAGACCUGGACACUGGUACCAAUUUCGACUACAUCCGUGAGUUCCGCCGUAGCACAGGGACCUGGCAUCGUACCAAGCCGAUGUUAGCCAGCGACCUCUCCAAAACGACCUGCGCCGCCCUGCGGAUCGCCAACUGUCGUCUGUUUCGCCUUCAGUUGAGUCAAGGCAUGUUUCGAAUCAGAGUUUGAAUUGAGGAAGACCAAACCAGCUGCUGCUGUACAUCACUCUUUCACUUUUGCACACUUGUAAUGUCCACGACUCCACCCACAUAUGACCUGGGUUUAGGGAAUUUAUAAACACUGAAGUAUUAAGUGGCUAACUAUGCUUGUUAAUCUCUGUUUUAGGGAGACUUUUUGCUGUACAUUUGCUGCGUAACUUGGUAGGAAGGAAGGUUAAACUCAGCAAUUUACAGUAAUUGUUUACUUUUUUAGGCUGAUGUUUUAUUGGUCUAUUUUAUCAUUUGCUUUGAUCAAAUGGUUUAUUUUUUUAACAAACUGUAUUUAAUCAUGGCUUUUAUUUAUUUUUACUAGUGGUCCACUGCUGGAUGAGGGAUUUGUGG